GUCGAGGAGCAUUGCCCUCAGGGGUCCUCGUCUCGCACGGGGCGUACGCCUCCGUUGAGAAGUUCUUGCAGAAAGGACUCUUGGAUGUCAAGGAGCUUGCAAAGAGAGACGCGAGCGGUUGCUCCUGCCUACACCGUGCGGCACGCACUGGUGUGGCCGAGGCCGUUUAUUCCAUACUCCACGUGGGCCAGUUUACUGAAGAGGACAUGAAGGCCGCUGACAAGCAGGGCUGGAGUGUUGUGCACCACGCUGCAGCCGCCGGCAAAGCUGCGUGUCUCGAGGUGAUCCUACAACUGUGCCAGCUACCUCACAGCUUCCUCGUCACACCCGACAACUGGGGCCGUACGCCGGCACACGUGGCAGCCGAGUUUGAUGCCGAGGAAGUGAUCAAGGUGCUCGCCAAGCAUCAGGCGCCCAUGCACGAGACGAUGGGCGAGCCCGU